AUGUCGUCGAUUGUGGCAAAUUACAAGCUGGUUAAAGCGCCAAUCUACUCGCACUGCUUCAAUGCCGACAGAACGCUGCUGGCCAUUACGUGCGACACAGACUGCUACGUGUAUCGGAUUGGAGCAGGCCAUCCGAAGCUAGUUGCGAUCCUGGCAGACCACGACAAGACGGUGACCGCGGUGGACAUAUCGAUUCAUGGGCGUAUUGUGACGUGCUCGCAGGACCGCAACGCCAUUGUGUGGGAACCGCUGUCGGACGGGAGCUACAAGCCCACGCUAGUGCUGUUGCGGAUCAACCGCGCAGCGACUUGUGUGUCUUGGGCGCCCAACGGGUACAAGUUUGCGGUUGGUUCGUCCGCGCGGAUCAUCUCUGUCUGCUACUACGAGCACGAUAACGACUGGUGGGUGUCUAAGCACAUCAAGAAGCCGAUCAAGUCGACGAUCAACGCGCUUUCAUGGCACGAGAACGGCGUGCUCCUCGCUGCGGGCGGCACGGACGGGUACCUGCGCGUGUUCUCCGGGUACAUCAAGGGCCUCGACCAGAAGGAGCAGGUGGCGGGGUCGCCGUGGGGGGACAAGUUCCCGUUCGGCGCCGUCAUCCGGGAGUGGUACCACGGCGCAUGGAUCCACGACGUGCAGUGGCGGUCGCAGCAGGAGCGCCUGGCGUACGUCACGCACGACGGCCUGCUGGCUGUCGUGGACCACGCCGGCGAGCAUGCUAUGGUGGAGAACCCGGGCGGGCUGCCCUUCAAGACGCUGCUGUGGGCCAGUGACCGCUCGAUCCUCUGUGGCGGCUUCUCGUGCCACCCCGUGCUCUUCGCUGAGACGGCAACGGGCUGGAAGUUCGCCAAGAACCUGGACGAGGCUGCGCCCGUGCCCCGCUCCCAGCGCGCGACGCCCGACGACGGCGACGACGACGACGACGGCACCUUCGGCAUGUCCGCGCUCAAGAAGUUCAAGGAACUGGACCUCAAGGGCAAGAUUAGCGCCCAGCAGGACCGCUCCACGCACGAAAACACAAUCACCCGCUUCUUCCCCUUCGCGGAAGUAGCCGGCCAGCUGUCCCAGGUCUCCUCAUCCGGUCUGGACGGCAAGAUUGUUAUCUACCAGUUGUAG